GACAGAAAAUCAGUACUUUAUAUCUACUGCUACUAUUACUGUAGUUUGUUAACUUUCCCCAAUCAGGAAAGAAAAUUAUCUUUUCCCACACACACACCCGUUACUUACAAUUCAGACACUUUCAAUUCCAAACCCAAAAGAAAACCCAAUGGAACCGGAAAUCCAGGAGAGAAUCGAAAAGACGGUGCGGAAGAUUCUAGAAGAAUCGGACAUGGAAAAGAUGACUGAGCACAAGAUCCGAAAACAAGCCUCCGACGAACUCGACCUCGACCUCUCCGACCCGCCGUACAAGGCCUUUGUACGACAGGUCGUCCAGUCCUUCCUCGAACAACAACAAGAAGAGGAACAAGAAGAGGAAGAGGAACAAGAAGAACAAGGUGGUCGUCGUAAGGAGUACGAUGAUGACGGCGAUCUCAUCAUUUGCAGGCUUUCGAGUAAGCGAAGGGUGACGAUUCAAGAUUUCAGAGGGAAAACUUUGGUGUCAAUAAGGGAAUACUAUAGCAAAGAAGGGAAAGAGCUUCCUACUUCUAAAGGAAUAAGCUUGACAGAGGAGCAGUGGUCAACCUUCAAGAAGAAUGUUCCUGCCAUAGAGAAAGCCAUUAAAAAGAUGGAGUCACAGAUGUGAGAAUGUUUUCUGGAGACAGAUAUUUUGCAUCCAUUUUGAAAUGUGAUCUUCAAACUAAUCAAAUGAUUUGGCUUUGCUUAUGGGGCAUAAUAUUGGUUUCCUGAUGGUAGAACAUUUUGUUUAGAACUUGAGAUGCUGUAAUGUUUUAAAUUGCUGGAGUGCCAUAGCUCUUUUGAGAUCAAUGUAGCCCUUCUAAAUUGCACAGCACGUAUUAAAGUUCUAAAUGAAUCAACUAUCUUUCUUGUCUUCUCUUA